CAGCCUCUCCUCUUGAGCCAUUUGCGACACCGGCCUUCUGAGUCCAACACAUACACCUCGAAUACGCCAGCUAUGCCUCCCAAAAUAUCCUCCCAGCCAUUGACGGCGGACGCUAAGCGUCUACGGACGAUCAUCAUCUCCUUUCCCCUAUUCGUUGCGACGAGCUGGAUCUUGUACAAACGAGCUUACCUCGGGGAAGAACAGAAGACCAUCCCCCAAGUCGCAACUCAGACGGGCAGACCAGAGGAUAACAAGAUUUUUGGAAAGCCCACUCAGGGAUUCGGCUCGAAAUAAUGCGGACUACGCACUACAUCCCACAAAACGGCACACCGCAACGUUCUUCGUAUGCAUAUUCGCCGCGCAUUCCAUCUCAACGACACGAUGGACGAAAAAGGAACCAAAACUGAGUGAUACCAUUUCCUCUCGCAUGUUGUAAAUUCAUGACGAUCCCAGAGUCUCGGAUACACUGUACGCCCAACAAAAGAUAUAGAUAUAAUAACGAUCA